AUGCCAUCGUCGAAGUACAUGGCGCACGCCAGCCAAUUCUCCCAAAGCAUGUCACAAUCAUACCCAAGUGCGUCACAAGGCUCUCAGCGACAGGUUACUCAAGGGACAGCGCAACCGUCGGUCUCUCUUCAAAAGUACUCGUCGCAGCCCCUGCUGCGCGUGAAAAAUGGACAGGAGAAGAGUUUUUCCAACUUGACGAAUUCUCUUCAAAGAUUGAUGCCGCCUUGCAACUGCAGUGAGGAAACGAAACAUAGGGUCGAGAGUCUGUGCAACCGAAUUGUGGGAAUCGCAGAGGACAUUUCUCAGAUGAAGGCCGACUUGGGACACUUGAAAGACCACUCACGUGAAGAUCAAGACGGCCGAUUUCGACAGCUCAUCAUUCAGACGGAAUUCGAAGGCAAGGAGCUGAAUAUUACACCAAUGUUUGAUAAGCGAGAACAUCAACAGCGCCAUGCCAAUGGCCAUGGUCAAUUCAAAAAGAGACACGAAGGGAAGAUGACUGAUUUCAUGCAGGUGACCAAGAACCAGAACCAUGAGUUAAUGCAAUUAAGCCCAAUCUGUCUGAGCAAUCCGCAAAACGAGACUACCGGAGAGAUGUGGCCAAUGUCAUUACAGAAUGAUCAAAACUGGAAAGCAAGUCAGGGUGACCUAAUGAGUAUGAUGCCGAGCCCACCAGCACUCGAGGAUUCACUUCCUGUGGCACAAUCGAGCAAGAAGAGAGCUUCAACUGCAAAGAGGAAACGGCCAACUAAGGGGAAGCAGCAAAAAAUUGACGAAUACACCUCGUUCCACCUUCCUGCUGAUACCAACUUUCCCAACAGCCUUAUUGAAUCUGGUGCAGCAGAUGUGGAUGCCUCGUUCUGCACCAAAGAAGAUGAGGAUGCUGUGAAGAAGAUGGUGCUGAGGGCAAGGAAGAAAAGAAAGAGCGUCGCUGACGCGAUACCAGAGCAACGUCGCUGCAAUCGCCUGGCGACUACGCUGUGCGAAACGGCGAUGGCUGUGCGACGCGAUGGGGCUGCUUGCGACCAGCGGAAGGCAAUUCUCGCUCCGCGCGGUCCCCAGAGCAGCGGACUCAAGCUGCGUGAGUCCUUGCAGCUGGGAGGCGAGGAUGCAGAGAAGUCUGCAGGGCGGGCCUGGAAUGGAGCAGUGGCGGCUCGGCGAAGCUACCUCCCUCCGCUCUUUCCGCCGCGUUCGGCGGCAGACAGGCUCCCCCCAGCCAUGGCGGCGUCUUUCCUGGCGUCCGCGCUCUUCCUCCUCUCCUCGCUCAUCUCCGCCAUCCUCUUCUCCCCGCACUCUCCCCCCCUCCUCCUCGCGCUCCCGGGGGAGGUGCGCCGGAUCUUCCUCCCCGCGCUCGUCCCGUCCGCAAUCGCCCGCGCGGGCGCCAGUGGCGGAUGGGCUGGGGGGAGGCACCGCCUGGGUCUGCCGUCCUUCAUCAUUGCAGCGGAUGGCGCAGCCCAUCCGUCCCUGCGCAUGGUUCCACCUGCCCAGUCCGACCUCCCUUCCGAGGCUCUACUGGGGGAGGCUGUAUCUGGGGCCGCACAUGGCACUUUAUUCGAAAAGGGAGAGGGUUCCACCAGGCGCCCACUUCCCCCCUCUCCUGAUGCAAGCCUGGCGGAUGCUGGCGUGGGGGGGCUUGGCGAGGGGGGGCGCGGAGUAGGGGUUGUUCUUCCUGCCGUUGAUGUGAGCGCAGUGGAGAGGGCAGUAGAGGAGGCAGUUUCAGAAGCGUUUUCCCGUGCUCAGUAUCUACUCGCCUCUCUUGAUUCCGUGCGCCGGGCAGGUCGGGCAGCGCAGAAAGCCUUUUCUGACCGGAGCUUCGUUGCUCUUGUGGAGGAGGAAAUGGUUUUGCAUUUUGGAGGGGAGGGGGUUGAGAAGGGUGGGGAGGGGGGCGAAAAGAGUGGUGAGAAGGGGUUGAGGGGCGUUGAUGUGGGUGUGGGGGGGAGAGUGGGGGAGGAGGCAAGGCGGAGGGCGGAGGCUGUGGUAAGAACAGUGGUGGUGAUGAUGGGUGAGAGGGGGGAGGAGGGCGUGGAAAGUGCCGGGAUGGGUGCAGAAUGGGAGGAAGAGGAAGGAGAGGAGGGAGUGGAGGGAGAGGAGCAGGGAGGGGAGGAGGGAAGGGAGGGAGCCAGUGGUGUUGCUACUGCUAGGCGCUUCAGGUUGGCAGAGAGGCUCAAGGGAUUGGGAGAUGUGGCACGAGACAAGGUGUGGGAUAUGGCAGAUACUUUCCUCUCUCGCUUGCGGGCGGCCGGGCAGAAAGUGGUCAGCGCGGAAGAGUUUCUUGCUGCCCGGGCGAGGUACGCUGCUGCCCGGGUGCGAGAUGCUGGCAAGCGGGUUUUGGAUCGUGUGGUGGAGAGCGGCCGGGCAGCCAGGGAAGAUGCGGAGGCUGCCCGAGAUGCUGUUAUUGCGACCGGUCGGGCAGCAAAAGAAACGGUUGAGGCAGCUUGGGAAAAAGCCCAUGGGGCUGGGCAAGCUGCUGUGGACACAACAGUGGGAUUUUGUUCCCGGGCAGCUGUAUUCGGGCAGGACGCAGUUGAUAGGUGCAGGCAGGCGGGGCAAACUGUGUGGGAGGGCGGGAAAAAAACAGUUGGGGCAGUGGAAGGGGGAGUGAAGGGCGCAGUGAAGGGAGUGAGGGAGGUGGUGGAGGGGGUUGAAGAGGCAGUAGAGGAUGUGAGUGAGAGAGUGAAGGGGGUGGGGAGGUGUGUGGUGGAGGAGGGGUUUCAUCCUCAUACUCACGAGCAUGGGUAUCAGCAUGGGCAUGGGCAUGGGCAUGAAGAGGCAGGGGUGCCACCCUCCCCUGCAGCACCCACGGCCUUCCUCGGUCCUGUGUAUGAUGUGGCUACAGAGGCUGUGAGGAUGGAGCAUGGGGGGGAGGGGGAGAGGGGGGGAGAGGGGGUGGGGGAAGGUGUGGUUGGGCAGGUUGGGAGGGCGUGGGAUGCUGCGAAGGGUCGUGUGGAGGAAGGUGCGGAGAAGCUACGGGGUGAGGUGAAGGAAGGUGCUGAGAAGUUGCAGGAGGUGAAGGAAUGCGCUGAGAAAUUGCCGGAAAGGGUGAAGGAAGGUGCUGAGGUAGCAUGGGAGGAGGCGAGGGAGAGAGGCAGCAGGAUAGGAGAGAAAGUGAAGGAAGGUGCGGAGAAGGUGUGGGAAGAGGCGAGGGAAGAGGGCAGCAGGGUGGGUGGGAAGCUGAGGGAGAAAGCUGGGGAGGGAUGGGAGGCAGUGGAGGGGCUUGGGGAGAAGAUGAGGGAGGGAAUGAGGAGGGAGGGAGGAGGCGAGGAGGAGGAAGAUGAGAUGGGGGAUGGGGUGUGGAUGGAAUUGCAAGGAGUGCGGUUCUUCCAGCCUGUACGGGAUGCAAUGCGUCCUAAGAAGGCAGGCGGCAAAGAGACAGCAACAGGGGCAGCAGAGGAGGCAGAAGGGGCCGAAGGUGCAGAGGCAGCAGAGAAGCGGGAGCAGGUGCAGCAGUUGGAGCAGUGGGAGAGGGUGACCCCGCCCUUCCCCGCGAGUGCUCUCAUGUCCUGCCUGCCCCUCUGGUUUCAACGCCUUGUGCUGCCCAUCCCCCUCCUCUCCCACCCUCCUCCCUCCCCGCCUCCCCUCCUCUCCUCGUCCCCGCUCUCAUCCGCACAGCCCACCUCGCUGCUUUCUCUCUUGCGUACACACUCACUCUCGUCCUCACCUUCCUCCCCGUCGGGCAGCUCCGAAAUGUUUUCUCUGCCCGUGAUCCUGCCGAGUUGGGCUCGAUGGUGGAGAGGGCGAUUCUGA